CCCUCUGCCCCCGCCAUGGCUUCGCGCUGGGAGCGGCUCUUCGACUCCGUGGGACACUUCGGCAGGGAGAAGCUAGAAUGUGAAAUAAACUUUAUAAAAUUUGUUAGAUUCCAAGCAUGUGUAUAUUUUGCAUCUGCCUUUCAAGCUAUCUCAUGUGGCAUUCAUUACUUGGCUUCCGUAUUCAUGGCUGUUACGCCUAAAUUUGUAUGCAGUGUCCCUGGAAAUGUGACUAGUAUACUGUUCAGCAAUUCCUCUAGUUCAAGAAUAGAGGAUAUUUGGACACUGUGGACAUCAACAAAAAAUUACAUUGUGGUCCAGCUUGAAAACGGAGAAAUUUGGGAACUUGAUCAGUGCAGCAGGUCCAAGCGAGAGGGCAGUUUGUAUCUUGCAUAUGAAUAUUCUGGCAACAAGUCUGUUUUUUCUUGUUCUGACGGAUAUAUCUAUGAUCACACAAAAUGGAAGAGCACCAUUGUUACAGAAUGGGAUUUGGUCUGUCACCGGGAAUGGCUUGCAAAAUUAACUCAGCCCACAUUCAUGCUUGGAGUCCUGCUUGGAGCAGUGAUUUUUGGUGAUAUGGCUGACAGAGUGGGAAGACGGUAUAUAAUGUGGUUCACAAGCACGGGUCAGUUUUUAUUUGGCAUUGCAGUGGCAUUCACAUUUGACUACUACAGCUUUGUGAUCAUACGUUUUCUCCUUGCUAUGGUUUCAAGUGGCUAUCUGGUUGUGGUUUUUGUUUAUGUGACAGAAUAUGUUGGCAUUAAAGCUCGAACAUGGGCGUCCAUGCACGUCCAUGCUUUUUUUGCUGUGGGAGUCAUGGUUGUGGCACUGGUAGGAUUUUUGGUGAGGACCUGGUGGAUCUAUCAGAUAUUUCUUUCUGUAACAACUCUCCCCUUUGUCUUGUGCUGCUGGAUGCUCCCAGAGACACCUUUCUGGCUACUGUCAGAGGGAAGAUACGAAGAAGCACAAAAAGUAGUUAAUGUAAUGGCGAGAUGGAAUAAAGUAAGCACUCCUUGUAAAAUUUCUGAACUGUGUUCAAUUCAACAAGAUGAUCUAGUCAGAUGCAGAACAGGUGAUAAUGACACUUCUACAGCGAAGAAGCACAGCAUCUUAGAUCUGUUUUAUAAUUGGCACAUUGCAAGAAGGACCAUUACAGUCUGGCUGAUUUGGUUCACUGGGAGUUUAGGAUACUAUGUAUUCUCCCUGAGUUCCGUCAAUCUAGGAGGCAAUGAAUAUUUAAAUCUAUUUCUCAUAGGUGCCGUGGAGCUUCCUGCGUAUGUCGUUGCUUGCAUUGGGAUGGACAAACUGGGAAGGAGAAACACAUUGACUCCAUUUCUUAUAUCAAGUGCAGUGAUCUGUGCUUUGAUUAUGCUGAUCCCUCAGGAUUUCAGUAUAUUAUCUGUCUUAGCAAAUAUGGCUGGAAAGUUUGCAAUUGGCGUUGCAUUUGGCCUCAUUUACCUUUACACAGCAGAACUGUAUCCAACAGUUAUACGGUCACUUGCUGUAGGAAGUGGGAGCAUGAUGUGUCGUGUAGGGAGCAUAGUUGCUCCUUUUUGUGUUUACCUGACUAGUGUUUGGAUCUUCAUGCCACAGCAUAUGGCUAAACGAAAGAUUGCAGUUGUUGGUGCUGGGUUGAUUGGCCUCUCAACAGCAGUGUACAUUUCAGAAUCUAUCUCCAAGUGCUCUGUGACUGUAAUUUCGGACAAAUUUACUCCCAACACAACGAGCGAUGUAGCAGCUGGAAUGCUUAUUCCACACACUUAUCAAGGCAUACCAAUUCAUCAGCAGAAGCAGUGGUUUAGGGAGACCUUCGACUAUCUUUUUGAAAUCAAUAAUUCAUCGGAGGCUUCAGAUGCUGGCAUUAAUCUGGUGUCUGGCUGGCAGAUCUUUAAAACCAUUCCUGAUGAAGUGUUACCAUUCUGGUCUGAUGUUGUCCUGGGAUUUCGCUCAAUGACUGAAGAGGAGCUGAAGAAAUUUCCACAGCACAGAUUUGGUCAGGCUUUUACUACACUGAAAUGUGACUGCCCGUCCUAUCUGCUAUGGUUGGAGAAAAGGUUGAAAGGAAAUGGCAGCCAGGUGUAUGCUAGACGAAUCGAAGAUCUGUGGGAACUACAUAGCAAAUAUGACAUCGUUGUCAACUGUUCAGGCAUUGGAUCCAGAGAACUCAUGGGUGACUUGGAGAUAUACCCUGUCAGAGGUCAAGUACUCAAGGUCGAUGCUCCUUGGGUGAAUCACUUCAUCCGGGAUGGGGAUGGUUUAACCUACAUCUAUCCAGGAAUACACAAUGUAACAUUAGGUGGGACAAGGCAAAAGGACAACUGGAGCUUGUCCCCAGAUCCUAGAAGUAGCAAAGACAUAUUUGACAGAUGUUGUGCUCUUGAACCCUCACUUCAAAGAGCCCAGGACAUAAAGGUGAGGGUGGGUCUGAGGCCAUCCAGGUUAGCUGUGAGACUGCAGAAAGAGAUACUGGUCCAUGAUGGGAAAAAUCUGCCCGUGGUCCACAACUACGGACAUGGUUCGGGUGGCUUUUCAGUGCACAGGGGCACUGCUAAAGAGGCUGCUCGACUGGUGGGAGAAUGCAUUGCUGCUCUGGAAGGCUCCUCUUUGAAGGCAAAGUUAUAAUCAUUGGGGCCUCCUUUUCAGUUAUUGGUAGGCUAUUAUAAAUCUACUAGUAAUACCUUUGGAAUGUUAUUCUAUAAGCAAUGGAAGAAACUGCGUGCAACAUUCUGAACUGUAGCCAAGUGCUUGUUUUGUGAAAAGUGUUUGCCCACAGGUGAUAGGGUGUUUUUGUCCUUUAUCAUUUUUCUGUGUGAGUUCAUUUGAGAGCAUAAUGUUUGUCUAGUUUCACCCACAUAGCUGUUGUUUAGGCAUUUGAUGCACUGGGUGAGGUACAAUACAGGGUAAGACCCAAGGAUCUUGAAAGGUGUGCUGUGGGAGGUAUAGAUUCAAUAGAGACAGUAGUUUUAUGUCUGUUUACAACAAUGUGUAACCCUAAAAACCUCCUUUGUCCUAUGACUGUGGAAGUGUUAAUGGGCCAUUUCAUUUUGAAUGGUCCCUUACAACAUGCAUUAACUCCUGUGCUUAACAAUCUGUUCUACCCUGCAUUUAGAUGUGACACUCUGAUUACCUUUUACAGACCUGAAUAAAACCUCUCUAUGUAGCUUGAAAACUUGUCUCUGUCUCUUCCACCAACAGAAGUUGGUCCAAUAAAAGAUAUCUUCUCACCCA